UGCCCAGCUGUUUCCUUCCAGUGCAUGCACAUCGUGCAGUCAGGCGGGCGCACUGAGAGGUGCUGCCUGUGGGGAGGAGGGAGCAUGGCCCCGCAGUGCGCCCUUCUCGUGGUCCUAGCGACUCUGCUGGCAGCGCUGGAGACGGAACAACAUGCCCCCAAAAACAGAGGAUAUUCCUGGUAUACAGGGCCGUGCACCAAGCCGUGGUGGGACCACAACCUCCAGUUUACACCAGACAGAAACAGCUAUGGAGUGAAUGAGGAACUGCAGCUGACCUGCCCUGGACAGCUCAAGCCCUCCUUCACCAGUGUCAAAUGUGUAAUUCAAUUUCAAGAACCAAGUUCUAUAGCACAAUACGUCUGGAUGGGGAGGAACAGCACAGGCGCCUGGAUCCACAUUGCAGGGGCCGUUUGGUGUGUUGAAACGUGCCAAAGGCCCCAGUGGGAUACAAAACUCCAUCUGACUCCAGAUCUGCAGGAGUACAGGAAGAACGACGCAGUGAUGCUGAGCUGCCCCGAGGGUUUACAGCCAUCCUACACCCAUGUCCGAUGUGCAGAGGGAAAUGGGGCUUUGGAUGAUGCUGGAUCUGUAUACAGAGACACGUGGCAGGGGUGGAGCAGCACUGGUGCCUGGCUCCGCAUUGAGGGGACUGUGCAGUGCCUUGGGCCGUGCACCAAGCCACAGUGGGACCACAGACUUCAGUUUACACCAGACAGAAACAGCUAUGGAGUGAAUGAGGAACUGCAGCUGACCUGCUCUGGACAGCUCAAGCCCUUCUUCACCAGCGUCAAAUGUGUAAUUCAAUUUCAAGAACCAAUUUCUAUAGCACAAUACGUCUGGAUGGGGAAGAAGGCCUCUGGUGUCUGGACCCGCAUUGAAAAGAACAUUUCAUGUAAAGAAAAAUGUCAGAAGCCACAGUGGGAUUCCAGGAUUCGUCUUGAUCCAGACCAGGAAUUCUACAACUUCAAUAAAACGGUGAUGCUGACAUGCCCUAAUGGGUAUUGGCCUUCUGCCAUGAGGAUCACUUGUGUGAAGCCAAGCCCACACCAAGGCCUCUCAGCUCCUCAGAACAUCUGGUUUAUGAAGAACAGCACAGGCUUAUGGCCGUUGGCAGUGGGAGAUAUGAGAUGUGUGGAGGUGCUAGAAGUUGUCCCCGGCACACUGGAUGUUUCCAGCACCAGCAUCAAACUGAACUGGACCUGCAGAUUCCCUGAUGCCUGCCAGCACAUGCAGGCCACAUGCCGGCUGACAGGGCCUUCCUCACCUCCCUGUAAGGCUGAGGAGGUCACUGGAGUGGAGCUCCUACACGGCCAGAUGGGAACAUUCACCUGUCCUCCCCUGCAGCCCUUCACUGACUACACUGUCACCAUCUCAGUGCCCCCCAGCACAGUCCUGUUUUCGUGGGUGAUCAGGACAAAAGAAACAGUGCCGCAGAAGCCGGAGCAGCUGCAGCUGGAUGCCAGCACGGGGACCCUCAGGUGGAAGGCGCUGCCCUCCUGCCAAGGGGAGAUCAUUGGGUACCAGCUGAACAUCACGGCCAGGGCCUUGCAGGACGGCGGCUUCCUGCAGAUCGAGCGGCUGAGGCUGAGCAGCCAGACCACGGAGCACCCACUGCCCACAUACGGCCCUGGCACCACAUAUGUGGUGGCCGUGCGGGGCCUCACAGCCGUGGGUCCCGGAGCUGCAUCGUGGUUUCACACCAACGGCACAGAGAUGCCCGACGGCUGCUCCCGCCUCGUGCUCCAUACCUCUCCAUCUCAGGGGACAGCCGUGCUUCCCCUGCACCCCAUCUCCCAGCGCCCUGAGGCAGCGAGUGAGCACCAGCUGCUCGUGGCAGUGACACACAACAGCACGGUGCUGGAAGACGCCUGCUCGGGGGAGCUGCAGCCCUCCAACCACAGCCACCCUGCUGAGCCCUACGUGGCCGCCGUGCUCAACCUCAGCGCACCCACGGACUUCAUGCUGGGUGAUGGGACCCGCGGGCACGGCUUCCACAACGCUCCCCUGCACCCAGGAUGGGAUUACACCGCCCUCCUGCGCCUCGCCCGGCGCUCACCGCAGGCGGAGACCUUCACCUGCGUGUGCUACAGCUUCUCCAUGGGUAAGUGGCUCCUCUGCCCCACCCCUGUGCCCGAGGGUCUUUCUGUAUCCCCCCUUUUCCCAUCCCAUAUCCUUGCAAGGACAGGAACUGCGGAGUCCAGGAGCUCUUGUGGGAGCAGAGGAAACUUCUGUUUCCCACAUCCUGGGAGUAUUUACCUGCUAUAACCAGUUCCUACCUCCAUCUUCUUGGAUGUUCUCUGGAUCCUGAGGCUCUCUGUGGGUGCGCAGGCUUUGGUACCUCUGGCCUUUUGGGCAGGUGUGCACGGCUGGCAGCUGGACCCCCUGCAGCUGCCACACCAUCAUCUCUCCUCACAUCCCAGUCCUUACGCUGCCCCAGUCCAC